AUGGCCGACGCAACACUUCAGUCAUGGGAGUACCUGGAGACGCUUCCAGGCACCCAAUUCUAUCGUCUCUACAGAAGUCCAGCCUCAGCUCUGGCGAUCUUCAGGAAGCGGCUGUCGGCGUUGGCAAAAUCCUUCGUCUUGAUGCUGUUGUACAUGCCCCGGCCGCUGCCAGUGAAACAACUCGAACAAUUUGUCAAAGACACCAGCAGAGGCGAACGUGAGCACGCCCUGGAUUUACUACACCGUUACCACAUAUUUCGCGAUGUCACCCUCAACUCGACAAAGGCUUAUGCGUUGACUCCGGACUUUGCCAGAUCUCUGCGUCGGGCUUUGACGGGGGCAGGGGACAGCCGGUCUUUCGGACAGGUCGCGCGGGUCCUGAGGCGGUGGGAAGGCAUAUUAGGCUACAUGGUCGGCUCGUCAUCCAUACCACUGGAAACAGCCAACGAGCAGCCUGCGAUCGAACCGGCUCCAGGAGUCAUUGAGCUUCUCAAAGCAGGCCAUCUCAUCGAGGUCAGCGGGGCGUACAUCCAUGGCCAAAGAGCCAGGAUCACGAAGGAAGGCUUUGCGUUUGUCCUGCAAGACAUCAACACCCAAGUGUGGGCAUUGCUUUUCCUCUACGUAGACAACGCCGAGGUCUUUGAUAUGGACAAAGUCGACGUCCUGUCCUUUCUUUUUCUCGUCUCGUCCCUCGAACUGGGGCUCGCAUACUCGACCUCCACUCUGGACGAAACCCAGCGCCGCUGCCUCACCGAUCUCGUCUCUCUUGGGCUUGUCUACCAACCUCUGUCCGACGACGGAAUCAAUCCUGCCGAUUACUUCUACCCAACACGGCUUGCCACAACGCUGACGUCCGACUCGGCCUCCGCCCUCUCAACCACCAACCUGACCAUCGGCACCUCCCUCUCCCAGAAAUACUCGUCCUCGUCCGGCACCACCACGCCUUCAGGCACCGUCACACAAAAAGGCUUCAUCAUCGUCGAGACCAACUACCGCGUCUACGCCUACACGUCUUCCCCCUUACAGAUCGCCCUUCUCUCACUCUUCGUCAACCUGCGGUCUCGCCACCCGAAUCUCGUCACAGGGAAAAUGAGCAAAGCCUCGGUGCAGCGCGCCGUCCAGGCCGGCAUCACUGCCGACCAGAUCAUUUCGUACUUGACGACGCACGCGCACCCUCAGAUGAGGCGGCAUGCGCAGGCCGAACAAGCCGCCCUGCUGGCCCGGGGCACGGCCACCGCGGCGCAGGUGCAGCGGACAGUGCCGAUCCUGCCGGCGACGAUCUUGGACCAAAUCCACCUGUGGCAGCUGGAGCGCGACCGCAUGACGACCACGCCAGGCUUCCUGUUCCGGGACUUCUCCACGCGCGCCGAGUACGAGGCCAACUGUCGGUACGCGGACGAGACGGGCGUCUUGGUGUGGAAGGACGACGCGAAGCGGUUGUUCUUUGUGACGCGGCUCGAGGGCGUGCGCGCGUUCAUGGCCGAGAGGAGAGCCACCGGUGGUUCAAGCGGGGUGGACAAAGUCGAGAGGUAG